AAAGUAUGUGUAGGAGUCUGUUCAGAAAGCAGAAGUUUCACUGACACAGUAUGUCCUACCUGGUUUCAGUUCCCGUUAUUCUGUGGAUGCUAUAAAUGAUGUAGCAUAAUAACUGUAAAGUCAAUUACUCCAAAAGAAACAAACAAAAGUAAUGGAAAGGAAUCUCCCUAAUUGCGGCUACAUGAAGUUGGAUGCAAUGCCGAGGUCAUAGGGCUCGAGUUCUAGGCUGCAUAUGUUACACACAUAUUUCAUUUUUAUUUAAAAAAAUUAUGUUUUAGGUAUGCAAAAUACUCCAACUUGGUUGUGCAGUCAGCCUGGUCCAUUUUAAAGGCAUCAUUUCAGAGGGAGUUCUAUUAUGACCGGAUACGGGGCAUGCACGUUUCUCCAAGGCCAGUUUCCAUAGCAGUGGUCGCACCGCGAGAUAACUUCUCAAACUUAUGAUGAUUGACUGGCACCCGCCGUCAGAGCUCCUUUGAUAUGGAUCUUUCUAUGGAUUUACGUACGUUGCAUUUUAUUUAGACCAGUAGCCUUCCUAAUUGUUGCCUGCCCAAUUGAUUCAGUGCGCGUUUGCGUUUUGGCAAGAGACUGUAGCUGAGACAAAAGUCCGACUGAUUGGGUAAAACAAACAAUUAUGGGCAAUCAAGACGGUGAAUUCUGCUUCUUAAUUUGAGCAAAUAUUUAUUUUUGCCAUCACAGUGUGCUUUUCGUUUUUGAACGCCAUCCGACAAAAAUGAGCUGUUUUGAGCGGGGGCUGAGGCGGACGGCACCUGCACGCGGCAGCAGCAGGAAUGAGCUGGUGACCCCCUCGACGGCAUCUCUCUCCAGGGUUAACGGCUGGGCCUGUCCCCCUCACUCCUUCCAGCUGGUGGGAUGGACAAUAUACAGCUACAUGGCUGUAGUUGGCUUCGGGAUCUAUAUCCCACUACUACCUUCACCCUGGAGCCAUAUGGCCUACUCUCUGACUGGCAUAGCCUUCAUUGUGCACCUGGUCACCCAUCUAGCUGCCGUGUCUAUAGACCCAGCAGAGGCAGGCGUCCGUGCCAAGAAGAGCUACUCCAACCCACUGCCUGUCUUUGACAAGAAGAAACAACCACAUGUUAUCCACAACCUACACUGCUACCUGUGUAAAAUCAAUGUGGACCCAAAAGUGAAACACUGUGGUGUGUGCAACAAGUGUAUUGAAGACUUUGACCACCACUGUAAAUGGCUGAACAACUGUGUGGGGGGACAGAACUACUGGUACUUCUUUGUGACGGUGUUGUCUGCUACACUGGGUGUCCUUGUGCUUCUCAUGGUCGUCCUGUUCAUCUUCAUCCAGCAUUAUAUGGACCCUGCCAGUCUCCGCACCGCACAACAGUUUACCAGUGUGAUGAGUAACAGGACGUGGCUGGUCUUCCUGCCCCUGGCACCCAUGGAGACGGGGUCAGGGAGUCUCCUGGUUGUCGCCUUCCUCACGGUCAUGUUGGCUACUGGCUCUCUACUGCUGCUGGUUCACCUACUGGGCUUCCACAUCUAUCUCUUGCUAAACAAAAUGAGCACGUAUGACUACAUUAUAACAAGACGUCGUAAACAGGCCAGCCAGCAGGACAUAGAGAUGGACUUUCCCCAGUCAUCUGACAGCAACGGCAAUGCAGGACAGAAUCAUCCGCAAAUGGAGCCCUCCAUCGAUUGUGAUGCGUUGUUGUCAGACAGUGUCAGCUGCAAGAAUCAGGAAACGGGAACUAAUGCAAGUCGACCUUCUGGAUCUUUCUGUGCUGAGUUGGACAACUUUACUAAAUCAUCAGAAAAGGAAAAUGGCUUUUAUUAUGGCACAGAGCUACCCACCCAGAUUAUACCAGGUGAAGUGGUGAUGGAUGACCCCUUGGGCUGGAGGUUGGGUGGAGAGGGUCCCAGAGCAGGCCAGUGUGAGGGGGGUCCCUUGCACUGACAGAGCUCAUCAGUAGCUGGUCUCUGAUGCUCUGCAGGUGGCCACACACAGUACCUGAGGAACUAAAGGCGUUGACACACCAUAGUGAACGUCGGCCGUGUGCAGUACAGUAGAUCACCUACUGGAUGUUGACUAACUGUGGUCGAUACAACAUGUCAAACCUUUGGGAAAUGAACAAAAAAUGACUGUUGAUGUUGUCUGGUCAGAAGCCAUGGAAUCGUCCACCAGCAGCAGUAUUUACCCAGCACAGCACUGGGGAACAAAUAGAAUGUUCAUGCUGGAUUGAUCACCACUUGAAACUGGAAAUGGAAAUUUAUAAUUGACUAUUUUAAUAAGAUAUUUACACUGAGUGACGGGAAGGACAUUUAUUUUGCAGCAAUUGUUUGUAUUUUAUCUGGGGAUUUAAAUAAUUGUUUUACCUAUGUUUAUUUGUUAAUUCAGCCAUUUCAGAUCAUAAUGUUCUUGCCUGAAUUUAAAAAUAAAAUGUGUAAACAUACUGUACAAA